CGAGCCCUGAGCCCGGACCACGAUGAACAAACUGACCUUCCACAACAACAGAGUCAUGCAGGACCGCCGCAGCGUUUGCAUCUUCCUCCCCAACGAUGACUCCCUCAACAUCAUCAUCAACGUGAAGAUUUUGUGCCACGAGUUACUGGUGCAGGUGUGUGACCUCCUGAGGCUGAAGGACUGUCACCUCUUCGGGCUCAGCGUCAUCCAGAACAAUGAGCACGUGUACAUGGACCUGGCCCAGAAACUCUACAAGUACUGCCCCAAGGAGUGGAAGAAGGAGGCCAGCAAGGUCAGCGGUGAGGUCUUGCAUGGAGAGCUGACGGCAGUAAGGCCACCUCUGUCCCCAUCGCAGGGGAUCGACCAGUUUGGCCCCCCGAUGAUCAUCCACUUCCGAGUGCAGUACUACGUGGAGAACGGCAGGCUGAUCAGCGACCGGACCGCGCGCUACUACUACUACUGGCACCUGCGGAAGCAAGUGCUGCACUCCCAGUGCGUGCUGCGCGAGGAAGCCUAUUUCCUCCUCACCGCCUUCGCCCUCCAAGCCGACCUGGGCGACUUCAAGCGCAACAAGCACUACGGGAAGUACUUCGAGCCCGAAGCCUAUUUCCCCGCCUGGGUGGUUGCGAAGAGGGGCAAGGACUAUAUCCUGAAGCACGUCCCGAACAUGCACAAGGAUCAGUUUGCCCUGACGGCCUCCGAAGCCCAUCUCAAGUACAUCAAGGAGGCCGUCCGGCUGGACGACGUGGCUGUGCACUACUACAGGUUGUACAAGGACAAAAGGGAGGUGGAGGCCUCCCUGACGCUGGGGCUGACGACGCGGGGCAUCCAGAUCUUCCAGAACUUGGACGAAGAAAAGCAGCUGCUCUACGACUUCCCCUGGACAAACGUGGGGAAACUGGUGUUCGUGGGCAAGAAGUUUGAGAUCCUGCCGGACGGGCUGCCCUCGGCCAGGAAGCUCAUCUACUACACGGGCUGCCCGCUGCGCUCCCGCCACCUCCUGCAGCUGCUCAGCAGCAGCCACCGGCUCUACAUGAACCUGCAGCCCGUCCUGCGCCAGGUCCGCAAGCUGGAGGAGAACGAGGAGAAGAAGCAGUACCGCGAGUCCUACAUCAGCGACACCCUCGACCUGGACAUGGAGCAGCUGGAGAAGCGCUCGCGGGCCAGCGGCAGCAGCGCCGGCAGCAUCCGGCACAAGCGCCUCUCCCGGCACUCCACUGCCAGCCACAGCAGCUCCCACACCUCGGGCAUCGAGACCGACCCCAAACCCAGGGAGAUGGGGCCCGAGGACGGCUUCUCGGGCGCCGGCGCCCACCGCAAGCUGAAGACCUGCAGCUCCAUGACCAGCCACGGCAGCUCCCACACCUCCGGGGUGGAGAGCGGUGGGAAGGACCGGCUGGAGGAGGACUCCCAGGAUGAUGAAAUCGAGAUGCUGGUGGAUGACCCCCGGGAGCUGGAGCAGGCUGGAGAGAUGGAGGUGAGCCCCGACAUGUGCGUCUACAUCACGGAGGACAUGCUGCUGUCGCGCAAGUUCAACGGGCACUCGGGGCUUGUCGUGAAAGAGAUCAGCUCCUCCACCUCCAGCUCCUCGGAGACGGUGGUGAAGCUGCGGGGGCAGAGCACCGACUCCUUACCCCAGACAACGUGCAGGAAACCGAAGACGUCAACGGACCGGCACAGCCUGAGCCUGGAUGACAUUCGGCUCUACCAGAAGGACUUCUUGCAGUUGGCCAACCUCUGCCAGGAUACGGCCCAGAGCUACACCUUCGGCUGCGCCCACGGGCUGGAGGAGGAAGGGCUCUACUGCAACGGCUGCUUGGCCCAGCAGUGCAUCAACAUCCAGGAGACCUUCCCCGUCAAAAGAACCAGCAAAUACUUCUCGUUGGAUCUCACCCACGACGAAGUCCCCGAGUUCGUCGUCUGAGCGCCUCGGGGGGCAGGACCGGCUGCCCGCCCUCGG